UAGAGUUUACCCACCAUCGUCACUCAUGAAAAGAUGUCACGAUCCCCCAUCCAAAAAGGCAGAAUCUUCUUAUCUUUAUAACCCUAAUUUACUUCCAUCACCAAAGACAAACUCCAUACGCAUACAUAUAUAUGAUUCUAAACUCACAGUUAUGAUAAUACCGCCUGUCACAUAUUCUGUUUUUCAAUAACCUUUCUUUUUAUUCGGGGUUUAAUAAUUCAGCUCUGUGCUCUUUCGAUUGUUCCCCCGUAACAACAUAACUACCAUAGCGAAUAGUUAUGUUUCUGUUUUUCAGUUACUUUAACUUGUUCUUCCUCGGUGUGGCCAUCUUCCUUUGUCACCCUUGUUUUCCCGCCAGGAUCGUACCAGAAUCCGUAACCGUAAUAACCUCCGAAUCCCAAAAAACACAAACGCACAACGCCACGUGGCACGAUUUCUCCAAGUUCUUGUACGCCGAGCGAGGCAGCCACGUCAGCGGCAUGUCGGAACUGAAAAAGUACUUCCACCGUUUCGGUUACCUCGCUCUCCCCGAAACAACGCCGAACUUCACGGACACCUUCGAUUCCCAGUUCGAGACCGCCGUCUUCCGUUACCAGAAGCGCCUCGGCCUGCCAGUCACCGGAAAACUUGACUCCGAUACUAUAUCCGCCAUCAUGGCGCCGAGGUGCGGCGUCUCCGACGCCGCCACGCAUGGAAUCCACGCAGCGCGUCACUACGCUUACUUCAACGGGAAGCCGCGGUGGACGCGUGGAACUCCGAUGACUCUCACGUAUGCGUUCUCGCCGUAUAACAUGAUCGAUAGGGUGAGCGUGCCGGAAAUUCGAGCGGUGUUCGAGCGCGCGUUUUCGCGGUGGGCGUCGGUGAUCCCGGUGAGCUUCCGGGAGACGCCGGAGUACGAUAAGGCGGACAUAACGAUUGGGUUUUAUCUCGGGGAUCACGGCGAUGGAGAACCGUUUGAUGGAGUUUUGGGGGUUCUGGCUCACGCGUUCUCCCCUCAGAACGGGAGAUUCCAUUUGGAUGCGGCGGAAAUGUGGUCCGUGGAUUUCGAGCGCGAAGAUUCGAGGGUGGCCGUUGAUUUGGAAUCCGUGGCCACGCACGAGAUAGGUCACGUGCUUGGGUUGGGUCACUCAUCGGUGAAAGAAGCAGUCAUGUACCCAAGCCUGAGCCCCAGGAGAAAGAAGGUUGACUUGAAGAUUGAUGACGUGGCAGGAGUCCAAUCUCUCUAUGGCUCUAACCCAAACUUCACUUUUAGUUCUUUGUUGCAGUCCCAAAAUUCAUUAAACGCUGCAAUUGGCUUGGAAGCCCGUUUCUUCAGAUGGACCACCCUUUCUCUUGCCCUGGUCGUAUUAUUUUUAUGUGUUUGAUUUUUUCAUUACUUGUAUUUUAAUUCUUUGAUCAUAUAUAUGUGUAUGUAAAAAGGAAAAGAAAGCACAGAAAGUAAAGUUCAAUCACGUGGGCGAAGCCCUUGUGAUUCAUCUUAUAUGGGACCUUUGAUUUUUUUGGGUACAAUAGAUAUUUGUUUAAUUCCCCUACAUAGAAAAUGAGAUGCACCACAGAACUUUUCUGAGGGGAAAGGUGAGUACACUUUUGAUUGGAUUUGAGGAAAAAUUGCAGUACAAGACCGAUGGAAAAGGAAAGAUUGAAAUGAAAAGGUUUGUGGAAUAAAAAAAGAAGGCAAUGAAAAAUGAGGAAGUUGAUGUAAGAGGAUAGAAUAAGAUUCCGUAAGUUAAUGGCUAACCUAACCUCUGUAGUGGGAGGAACUAAGGAUUCUAUAUGUAUUGAAGAUAGACAGAAGUAUAACUGUCACAUGGUCGUAAAAGGUAUCAAUCUUAACUAACAUUCCCGCCCAAGGCUUCUCUUAUUUUGCUAUUUGGGGUCGAAUUUGCUUUCCAGUGUGGAUUGGUCCAACUUCACAA